GUGUUAAAAUCAUCGAAUGAAAACUUGUAUCAUCUGCAUCGAAUAACAAGAACUAGUCGCUUCUUGAUGAUUCGGUCGAAAGAAUGUGAUAAUGAUGUUUAUUUGCGGUAGAUUUGUUGUAUCAAUGUAAAUAGGAAUUAGUAUAUUUUUGAUAAUUGAUCAUACAAGACUCUGGUUCAAUUGCCCGUAUUUGCUGCAGUGUUUAUGUAAUCCCAUCGAAUCUAUUUGUGACAGAGUGCAUUCACCAAAUUUCAUCUAGGAAAAACUUGUACCGAAAAUCGCAAUGUCUACUUCAACGCAGUGUCCAAGAAAGCAAAGUCCUACAAAAGAUCCUUCAGAUUUUCCCAAACGAGAUGCUUUGUAUACCUCCAAAACUGAGAAAACAUUUGUCAAUGAUGAGUCCCUUCCGAGUCUUCCAGUUCCUUCGCUGAAUCAAACACUGUCAAAAUAUCUAGAGUCAGUUAAACCAUUUGUAACGGAAGAUGAGUUUCAAAAUACCAAAAAGCUUGUUUAUGAAUUCCAAACUGGUGUGGGAAAAGAUCUUCAUUCUUUAUUGGCCAAAAAAGCUGAUUGUGAAAGGAAUUGGCUAGAGAAGUGGUGGGAAGAUGUUGCAUACUUAUCUAACAGAAUUCCCUUGAUACCAUUAUGUAGCAUGAUUGGUUUUACAAACAUGGGCGAUACUUGGCCUCCUUUAUCCGAAUCACAAAGUGAAAGAGCUGCUUUGUAUAUGUAUUUUCAAUUACAGUUUUGGAAGCUGCUUAGAGAAGAACGAUUAAAGCCUCAUUCUUCUCAUAAUGUUCCCUGGUCUAUGCAUCAAUUCCGUCGCUAUUUUAAUACUGUUCGAAUACCUGGAGAAAAAAUUGACAGAAUUGAAUCAUAUUUUCACACAGAAUUUGAAGAACCAUUGUCUCCAACUCACCUUGUAAUUUUACACUGUGGUCAUAUAUUUACAUUUGAUGCUGUUGAUGAGUAUGGAGAUAUCUUGUUGCCUCCAGAACUGCAGUUACAGUUUCAACGAAUUCAGUCAUGGUGCAAGGAAAAUGGCUCAGGAUCAUCAGUUAGUGCCUUAACGGUGGCAGAUAGAACAACCUGGGCGAAGAAUCGAGCUCAUCUACUUCAAAUACAUCCAGAAAAUGCAUUGCACAUGGACACUAUUAGUUCUGCCUUAACAGUGGUUGUUUUAGAUGAUGCUGAGCCUGUUGGUUUAGCUAGUAUUGCUGAAUCACUUUUAACGGGUGAUCCUUCCAAUCGCUGGGCAGAUAAAUCAUCUGUAUUUGUCAUUCACAAAAAUGGCUCUGUUGGUUUAAUUUCUGAUCAUACAGCAUUUGAUGGCCUUGUUCCAGUUGUUGGAAAUCAUUUUGCAUUUAGUUCAUUAGAAGAAUAUGGAGGAGUUUGGAAGGGUACUAAAACAGUUGAGAGAGAUUUAUUACCUCCAAGACGUUUAGAGUUUCAUCUAGAUGAUGAUAUUAAUUUUGCCAUCGCUGAAGCAAAGCAACUUUACAAAACAAUGGCUGCUGAUGUUGAGGUAGCAGUUGAAUACUUUACCCAGUAUGGGAAAGGCUUUUUGAAAGUACAUAACAUACAUCCUGAAACAUAUGCUCAAUUUGCCUUACAAUUAGCUUACUACACAAUGCAUGGAAAACCUGCCCCUACUUAUGUGACGGCAGCUACACGCCAAUUUUACCAUGGCAGGACUGAGACUAUGAGGUCAUGUUUUCCAGAAGCUGUAGAAUGGGUACAAUCUAUGAUUGAAGACAAAAUAUCGGCAGGGGAAAAACUUCAACUCUUGAUGGUUGCUGCUGAAAAAUUUAAAACACUUAUGAAAGAUUGCACUGAUAAUAAAGGUUGUGAUAGACAUUUAUUAGGAUUAUAUAUGUUAUCAGUUGAAGAAGGCGUACCUCUUCCAGAGAUUUUCAGCGAUCCUUCAUUCUCUAAGAGUGGUGGAAAUGGAAAUUUCAUUUUAUCAACCAGCUGUGUUGGCUAUACUCCCCUAGGUGGUUGUGUGAUGCCUAUGACAGAAGAAGGCUAUGGUACAUUUUACAACAUUGAAAAUAAUAAGUUUACAUUUACUGUGUCUGCAUUCAGAAGAUGCUCUAAUACAAGUGCUUCUAAACUUUGUCAACAUAUUGAACGAUCCUUGAUUAGCAUGCAGCAUUUACUCGUCUCUGCAAAGUUAUAAAAUGUACUGAUACUUCCUCUUUCAGAAGCUCAUCUUUACAACUUUUCAUAAUAGCUACAAAUAAUUAAAUAUUUCCAACAAUAUCUUAAAGAACUGCCAAAUAUCAAUCUUCUCAGGUCUUCCCUUUUAGAUAUGUUAUCAAAUUGUUAUUAACUUCCAUUUCGAAUGAACAUGUAUCAAAUAACUACAUAGUUAUAAUUUUCAUUCUUAUUAACGUUGAUAAAAUGUUAGAUUAAUAGUUUUAAGUGAUUUUUAAAAUGGGGUAGGCUCUUGACUAUUUGGUCCCUUCUGGUAAAAAAUAAUGGAAGAGGCUGUUUGUAAUUCUUGUUGUGGGAAGAAAAAAGGUGCAAUGCUAAAGUGGUCAGCAGCUCUCAUUUUUGUUGUUUUUGUAUGGCUGUUUUAGGUAGAUGGGUGCGAUUGUUCUUGUUUUUCCAGUGGUGCCAUUUAUGGCCAAGAAUUUGACUUCUGUCACACCCGUUUAUAGGGCGGACCCAUCCAUUCAUUCAUCCAGAGAUCAUAAUUUUGACCUGAAUCAGAGAACGAUCGAUCUCCAAUCCAGUACCCCCAGAGGUAUUGAUUUGUUAUGGAAACAUGGAGGACUUUGCCACUUGACAGAUUUAGUGCGCACCUGUCACCAUUUACUACACGGGGAGUCUUUCGCCGGAGGGGUUUCGAACCCACGAAUUCUCGGGCAUGGACCCAGUGCCCUGUAGUUUAUUAAUAAAUAUUAGUGAGCCAGGGUGGCUAAGUGGAUAGUGUUUGCCUCAAAAUGAGGUGAACCAGGUUCGAAUCCCAGCAGUAUAGCUAGUUGAUAAGAAUUUUCUUUCAACUCGCACGGACCACAAUACUGAUGUAAAAUAUUCUCAGUGGUUAGAUAUCAUGAGUUAGAAUUUUUUUUUCUGUCUGGCUUACAGUGGGAAGUUUUUUUGGUUUUCCUCUCCAUCCCGAAGUUCCCUUGUCUUCUUUGUUGGGUUCAAAAUUAUAAAGCUUUAUAGUUGAACAUUGGUUGUCGUAGACUCAGAAUCAAGUCAACUGUUCAUUGUUUCCACUGUGGACUGAUUAUAAGACAUGGCUUCCGCUCCCAGUAGAUCACCAAAGUCAAGGUUCAGUUAGUGGUUGGUUGGCCACUUUGAUCAGCCUGUGAAAAAAUAAAGGCUUCACAGUAUUGAUCUUUGUUAAAAUGUUCUAUUGUAAAGUGCUCGACUUAGCACGCAGGUUGUUGGGUUACCUAUGAUGGGCUGUCAUUCCCUCUGUAGAGGAUCAAAAUUGUGAGGGCAUGUUUUGGAUCAUCCUCAGGGAUGUUUCCCAGUGCAUCCCCAAUAGCUCUUUGUGCACACUUUAGUGUUGUACAAAUAAAGUACUACGACUAUUAUUAUUAACAAACAUUGAAAAUUUUUAUGUUUAUCAUUUUUGCGAUUUAAUCGUUUAUUUUAAAGUGUGUAUUGGGUAUUUUGAAUUAUAAAGAGAUAGAAUGUGGAACUUGGUCCAAGCAGGUUAUUUUGUUAUAUAGUCUACCCCUCCGCCAGAUAGUUAAGAACCUACUGCAUUUGUUAUUAGCAAAUAUAUCUGGAAUGGCUUUUUAUAUUUAAUGAUAGAGUAGAUUCACAGUGUGCGUUGAUACCGAUGUCUCAUUGUAUUACAAUCUCUUCUAGUGGCUUUCAGCUAGAUUUUUUAAAACAUUCUUCACUUGAUUGAGACAUGGGCGUUUACUGUGAAUCUAGCCAUACCCAUCCAAUUAAUUUUACCCAUCAACUACACCAUACCCAUCUACUUUUGCUUGAAGUCUAACAUCAUCAAAAAUAUAGCCAUAUGAUAUUUUAACAGCCCUUUGAUUAAAUGAUAUUUGAGAUUCUAUAAAUGUGUUUUUAAAUAAUCUCAAAGUAUGUUGGUUAUCAAGACAAAAUAAUUUUAAAAUUUAUUUGCUAGUUAUGUUAAAAUAAUUUCAAAAAUUGUUUCUUAUUGUUCAAAGACCUUGUUUUACAUUUUGACAAUUCAGUAUGUAGUGAAGUGUUUAACAUACUUUUCUGCUUACUGAACUAGUUUCUUGUGUUAUUACUCUUUAUGAAAACACAGGAGGAUUCCCUUGGGAUUGAGAAUCAGGGAAUUUGAUUAUUGUUAUUUUAAAACCACUCAUUUAUCUAUUUUAUUAUUUUUCCUGUAUUAACCUAUGUUUUUAUUUUUUAGCAAUGCAAUGUGUGUUUUUUUUUGGGCAAUUAUCAAUUGUCUGUUUAUUCUAAAUACUAUGUUCUUUGUUUUAUAUAUUUUAUGAUUUUUUUCGUUUGUUACAUUUCGUUGUAUUUUAAUUCUUAUGUGCAAUUUCUACUGAAAUUUUACAGAUAAGUAAAUUUCACAUUAAUCACAAUUUUUUAUAAAGGAAAUUACUUAAAAUUAUUAUUUUAUUAUAAUUUUAUUGCAAUAUUUUUUGGUUACAUUAUUUAUGUUCGUCUUGUAAAGAGAUAUAUCAAUUCCACAACACUACUUUAAGAAUGGUUUUACUACUUAUUCUAAAAAUUUAUAACCCUGUCCUGCUUAUAAGAAAUUUAGCAAACAGCCAACUUUUGUUUAAUAAGUAAUCUAACUCGAUAUUAUAACCCUUCUUAGGAUAGUGUAAGCAAAUAUAAACUUCAUAAAACUUAAGGAAAUAAAGAAAAUUUGACUACUAUUCAAACAAAGUAAUCGGAAAUCUCCCUAGUUUUUAACCAUUAAUGCCACCUCCGUUUUGAUUUAAGGAGUUAAUCAUUCAGUAUGGCAUAGUGUUUAAAUUUUUAAAGCAUUUAAAAGUUAAUUUUUGUUUCAAAAUAGAUUUAUAUAUUAAUUUGUUUAUUCAAUUUUAAAAGUCCAUCACAUUUGCAACAAUACAAAUUACUCCUCAGAUAUUACCAUGUGUUUUGUGGUAAAGUUCAAUUAGGGUGAAAGAUUGUUUCUAUAAAUUAGAUUAUUUAUUUAUUUGUUAAAUUAUUUCAGAUACCGCUACUUGCUUUAAACAUUUUGUAAGUUACUAACUUUCAAAAUUAUGUUAAAUUUUUGAAGUACUUUGCAUUUUACUCUAAACAUAAGUUUUUUUUGUUUUUCUUCAACUUGAAAUGGGACUCUAAUUUUAUGGUUGAUUUAUAAUUUCCUGAUACUACUUACUGCUGAGAGAAAUAUACUUUAGUUUCUGUUUUUCUUUUUUACAUUUAUAUUGGUUGUGAUUAAUAUCUUCUGGAUUUAUUUUAUAGUUGUUAAUUAAUGUCUAAGAAUAGUUUAUGUAUUUUAUUAUAUUUCCUGUGUUAACCUAUAACAGUUUUAAUUUUUAACAAUGUAACCCGUGUGUCUUUUAUUUGGACAAUCACAUGUUAUCUCUUUAUGUGUUAAAUCUUAAAUUUGUAUUUAUGGUUUUAUUAAUACACUUUUAUUGUUUGUUCUUUGUUGUUACGUUUCUUCAUAUUUCUAUUUAUUUCUCUCAAGAGGAAAUUGUGUUAAAUGGUAGUUUUUUUUUACUAAUAUAUUUACUAUUAUUUUCUUAUUAUAUCACAUUGUAUAAAGUUAAUGAUUCUGCUACUAUUAACAAAAAUUUUGCAACAUGUAACAUUGUGUUAGUGUGUAUUGUAGUACGUUAUGACAGCUAUUUUGAAAAUGAGAUAUUAUGCUUUAAUUAUAUUUUCUUUCUAAUUUAUAAAUGACCUAAAUGAAUUGAUAAUUUUUGAUUAUCUAGUUUAUUACAGUGUGACAAAAAUAACUUAAAUACAUACUAAAGUAAUUUGUAAGAAAAAACUUUUUUGCAUUACAUCACGAUCAAACUUUCAAAUAAGCAGGAAAGCAUCAUUACCUGUAACAAAAGUAUAAAAUUUCAAAAUUACUAUCUUUGGCCUUAAUGCAGAGCCCUAAACUUGUUACAACAUGCUGAUAUUUUGUCCCAUUUAACAAUUUUUUUAGGAAUGACAAUGUCUUUUAUAAUUAACUAUAGUCUCCAAGAUAGACCAAAAAGAAAAAUCCAUUCCAUUUGAUUCAAGUUUGUGAAAUAAGGUGGCCAUAGUGCUGUAAAAAAAUCUAGAAAAUGUGCCUUACACCAUUUUCAAAUGAUUUUAGCUCUGUGCUCUGAAAAAAAAUCCUUUCGGGUGGUCCGUUUUUGGUUUGAAUGUAGAUGAGCCGCGGUGGCUCAGGAGAUAAAGCAUUUGCCUUCCAAUGAGGUAAACCCGGUCCGAAUCCCAGGGAUGGCUGGUCGAUACGAAAUCCUCAUCUAUCUUGCACCGACCACAGUGCUGAUGUGAAAUAUCCUCAGUGGUAGACGGUUCAUGGGUUAGAGUCUCAUUGCCGUCAGGCUAACCGUGGGAAGCUCUCGUGGUUUUCCUCUCCAUGUAAGGCAAAUGCGGGUUAGUUCCAAUAAAAAGUUCUCCAGGAAGGCAAAUUUCUUCCAAUACUUUAUCCAGGAGUUCCCUUGUUUUCUGGAUUAGAUACAAAAUUGCAAGACUACAUAGUUGAACAUUAGUAGUCAGAAACCCAAAAAUUGGGUUGGUUGUUCAACGACUGUUAUAAAAAAAAAAACAAGUUAGUUCUUACUAUAACAUAUUCCUGUAACAUCUUCUUGAAUGAGCUUAAGAUAAGUUGGGUUAAAAAUAUUCUAUUUUAAAAUUCAUAGAAGUUAUUUCUGACACUGGGUGGCAGAGUGGUAGCACAUCGUGCAGGUCCUGGGUUUUAUCCUCAGGCCGGGCAAAGUUGACUCAGCCUUUCAUCUCUUUAGUCGGUCAAUAAAAUGAGUACCAAGUAUGCUUGGGGACUGAACAGUAGGGGUUCUGCGGACCACCAAACUAGAGCAUCUGCUCCUGCACCCCAGAGUCAAAGGUCAAGAAAACUUAGAUGGGCACAGUAGGCCUUGACCCUUUAUGGGCUUUCGCACCACUGAAUUUAGCUUAGAAGUUAUUUCUGGUCACCCUGUAUUAAAAUCAGUAUUUAACUUAAAUUGCAAAAAAGAGUUAACUUUUCUUUACAUUGUGUAUUUAAUAUUUUAAGAAUAGGUUACGUUGUUUAGUCUACUGGCAUAUUUUUUGUUAAAAAAAGGUAACAUUUUCAGGUAAAAAAUGUGUUGAAAUAUUUUUAUACUAGUUAAGAUGAUUGUUGUGUAUUAUUUUUUUCAAACCAGAGCUUGUGAUUAAAUCGUAUGUAUCCUUUAUCCCUUAUUUUUAUAAUAAAACUUUGAUAUCAUU